AUGUCGUUUCAAUUUCCAGGUACUGUAAAGGGAAUAAUCUCGGGCCCCAAGCACCCUGAGGUUACUUCAGUUGCUAGGCCUUUUGAGAGCACUCCAUGUCUAGAUGAUGAGCCUGAUCAGCACCUAAACGGAGAAUCCGAAAUGGAGGUCAAGGAAAUCCCCUUCAAAUCCCUAGACAUGCCCUCUCAAGUCACCACGAAUGCCGCCAAGCAAGAGAGCUUUAGGCAGGAGACUGAGACCAAUGCUUGGAGAGCCAAUGGGGACGUCGGAGACAUCUCCCAUCAAAUCAUUAGUUCUUACUUUAUUGGCCCUCAGGCCGAAAAUCUGGACUACUUCAAGGCUAACAUUCACAACAUCCUGGAGGAACUCCGAAAUGGGCGUCUCAAUUAUUACCCCCAGGAUGGAAAAUUUAUCACUAGCGCAAUCCAGAAUACGCCCGCCUUCAAGAAUUCUACAGACAAGCUUAGCAACGCCGUUAAAAAUCUAGCCAACCUUCUCAGCCGAACAUCGAUCCCGUUCUGGUCUCCACGCUACGAGGGUCAUAUGUGUACUGACAUGAGCAUGGCUUCCCUUUUGGGCUAUUUCAUGACCAUGCUCUACAACCCCAACAACGUGGCUAUUGAGGUCAGCCCCAUCUCCACCGUUGCAGAAAUUGAAGUCGGAGAGCAGCUAUGUACUCUCUUUGGAUACAAUGUUGAUGGCGAGUCCACGGAAGAACCAACAGGAUGGGGGCAUAUCACUUGUGACGGAAGCGUUGCCAAUCUAGAAUCCAUAAAUCUCAAGUAUUACCCUCUGUCUCUACGCGAGGCUAUGAAACCCGAACAACCGCUCGAGUAUAUUAGCUCCAAGUUUUUCGUACAGACUUGUGUCGGCGAACAGAAGCUGUUCUCUGAGUUGACCCCAUGGGAGUUACUCAACUUGAAACCAAAUGAUAUUCUCGAUAUCCCGGACAGAUUGUAUCAAGAGCACGAGGGUGCCGUUGACUCCCUUAGCUCUGUUCUUGCUCUGAGGAAACAGUUCCAGGCCAGAGGAUUAUCUUUCCUCGUUCAUGGCGAUGCGGCUUGGGGAGGUUAUUUCUGCACUAUGCUUCCUAAGAAUUAUCACCCUGGUGAGGUUAUCAAUCUCCCCACUGAAAUGGGACAGUCGGAUGGGUUCGUCCCAGAUGCGAGUCUACGCGCCGAAACUCAAGAGGAUCUUUAUGCUCUCCGUUUCGCAGACUCUAUCACAGUUGACCCGCAUAAGGCUGGGUAUAUCCCGUACCCUGCUGGAGGUCUCUGUUACAGAGAUGGACGUAUGCGGUUCCUGGUUACAUGGACCUGCCCAUAUAUAUCCAGAGGCUCGGUUACCAGUAUUGGAGUAUAUGGCGUUGAAGGGAGCAAACCAGGUGCUUCUGCUGUUUCGACUUGGAUGGCAAAUAAAGCGAUUGGCCUCACUCAAGAUGGAUAUGGCGCACUCCUUGGCGAAGUCACUUGGACCUGUACACGCCUCGCCGCCGAAUGGGCUGCCUUGACGGACACGACCAGUCCUUUCAUCUGUGUCCCAUUCAAUGAGCUGCCUUCAGAGCUCGACCCAAAUACAACUCCUGAAAAGGUUGAAGCUGAAAAAGCCCGCAUUCGAAGGGACAUUCUCAGCAAGAGCAAUGCCGAGAUCGUAAGGGAAGAUUCCAACCGCCCAAUUGAUCUCAAGGCGACAAAGCUUUUACGGGAUCUAGGUUCCGACCUCAAUAUCAACGCAUUCUCCUUGAACUUUCGCCAUGCCGAUGGUACUUUGAAUGAUGAUGUCGAAGAAGCCAACUAUCUCAUGCAGCGAGUUAUCGAGGCGCUGUCUGUCGACAGCCCUAACGAUGACCCAACCAAGAUCCCGCUUUAUUUAACAUCUACAUUGUUUUCUGAUAAGCUUUAUGGAAAUUGCAAGAAGAACUUCAUGAGGCGGCUGGGCCUGCAGGACAGCCAUCAAGACUUGAUGGUCCUACGAAACGUCGUCAUGUCGCCAUUCCCAUCCGAUGGCAACUUUCUCGGCAAGUUAGCCCAAAUCCUCCGAGAGACCGUGGAGAAAGAAACCGAGGUCGUUCGGAAGCGAAAUGAGUUGGGCCAAGACUUCCAUAGCUUUCUCAUCCAGGGCACGGAGCAACCUUACCUGGUCCAUCUGCCGAUGUUUCACGUUGCAAAUCACAGGCAGCAGCUCAUCGUGUCUGUUGAUUUUGAUAAGACUUCCAAAGACAAGUAUCUUUCUAUGAGAAACUCAAACCUCACCGAGCCCAUGAUUCUUGUCACUCAACGCAAGACCUUCCUGCAGGAUAUCAUUCGAGAUAACGGCACUUUUACAGGACAGAUCAAGACAAAGGAAUCUGGCAUCAUUUUGAAGAACAUUGCUGUGACUGUGACUAGCACAGUCGCGCCAAACACUCAACUCUCCGCGAGUGGCUGUACGCUUGAACUUGACAACGACGUUCCAUGGAAUGAACCGCUCGUUCUACUCCUCAAUGAGAUCUACGAGGCUCCGAUGCAGCCUUUCCCAUCCAACAACGAGAUCGGCACCAGGAACGGCGCCAUUAUAUCGUACAAGUGCGCCGAGCACAACGAAGGUUCCGUGACCACCAGCGAGACACGCAGCGGCCGAACCCGCAAGUCUGGAUUCUUCUUCCGGCCCGGCGCGACCUUCCGGGCCUGCGUGCAUCUGGACGGUGACCGGACCCACGACAGUUCGAGGGGCGCUUCGUACGCUCUGGGUGAGAAGGUGGCUGAGGGGACGAUCACGUUGGGAGAUGCUGUGUACGUGGACAGCGAGGCGAUGAAUUGGGAUCCGUUCAAGGAGGUUGAGACGAUCAACGAGUGGCGUUAUGAGUUUGAUCAGAUUGGUAAGGAGCUCGAGUGA